AAACAAGUGACCUCCCUUUACGGUUGACAGUUAGGCUCAACACACCUAGAUUAGAACUCUAGUUUAGAUAAACUAAAGUCUAAUAAAGUGUCUAAACUAAAGACUUAAUCUACAUCUACUGAUCUAGACUAGAUCUAGAUGACUAGUGAAUAUAUAUAGGUUUAAGUCUAGUCUGGUCCAGUCUUAAUAUUGGAUAUGAAAAAUUGACUAGAUAUAGAAUAGAUCUAGAUCUAGACUAGUUAGAAUCUUUUGUAUUUGUGUGAGAUCUAAAUGUUCAAAAAGGUAAAUUAGUUGCGGGACCUUUUUUGACAGCAAUGGAGACAGAUGAUGUGGAGACCGAUACUCAGUAUUUGGAUAACAUCACAUAUUCUUCAGCCUUAACUUUGAACAAUUAUUCAAAGCCAGUGACAUCACAGUCAAUGGCAGUCUCUCUACUGUCAUCUAGAUCUCACCAAAAACCUUUGGACACUGUGGCUGAAACUACUUGCACAUUUUCGUUUCAUGGAAACACACCAAUCCAUUGCCAAAUGCUUUUUCUUCCAUCUGCUAAUCCACCUAGCCUUGAUACUAUUACAUCUACGUUGCCUACAAUUAGUUUUCCAUUCUUCGACCCAUCCAAGCUUUGCCCAAUAGACUUCAGUGUUCCCCUGCCUAUAUCAAGACUGGCACCAGAGAAUAGCAGUUCUCAAGAUGCACCACAACCUAGUGGCUCAAGAUCUAGAGCUAUGGUUCCAGCUUCAUACUUCAAAAACCAGUUGCGCCUUGCAAGGAAACAUGCCUUAUUGCGUAUUGGGCUAAAUGGAUCAAAUGAUGAAAGAAAACUUUUGGCAGCAGUUAGAAAUACAGAUACGGAAGCAGUCACUGGACUGCUGAAUGAAGGUGUGAAUCCAAAUGUAUCUGACACCAAAAAAAGAACACCAUUGCACAUUGCUAGCUCCCAAGGAGCUGAACAUAUAGUUAGUCUUCUCUUGGCAGUCAGGGCUGAUCCCAAUCGACAAGACAUUUUAGGAAACACUCCUUUACAUUUAGCUGUUUGUAGAGGGGAUUCUAAAAUUGUGAAACUUCUGAUUGGCUGUGGUGCAAAUAUUCACCUAAGGGACCAUGUAAAUAGAACUCCUCUGUGUAUAGUGAAGUCUAGGCUGUGUACACUUCGAAAAGACAAAAGUAUUUCAACAGAUAAAUUGAUUACAGAAUGUCAGUUGAUCAGCAGUAUUCUCUGUGCUCAUGCUGUCAGGUUCCCUAACUCUGAGAUUCCAGUGGAUGAGUUAUGCAGCAUGAUGGAAAAUAUAUCCACCAGGGAGCAGGUAGAUCAGAUAGCAGACACUAUUGAUAAAAUGUCAGACCUUUGCAUUGAUAGACAGGAGGAAAAGGUCCACAGAACAUGUACAGAGCCAAACAGUUGGUUAUCAAUAUUGUAGAGUGCAAACUCUUUAUAUGUAUAAAUAAUUGUAGUAAGCUAAGCACAAUGUGCUAUGUUCAUUCAUAAAUCUUGUGCUGUUCAUUACUAUGUUGUAUGACAAGUUGAAUUUUACAUCAUUUUUUUGUUCAAAUUAUAUCUGAUGUAUAAACUAAAUGAUGAUAUGUACAAAUGAAAAAAAAGUUUUAUAUGCAUUAUAUAUAUACUUUGAAGUGAGCUUCAUUGAUCAAGAUGUAUUGAAUUAAAAGUAACUGUUAUCACUCAAUGAUAA